AGUUGUAACUGUGACUUCUUCUUUUGAGGUACACUUAAUGUUAGAAGUCUCUUAGUCCUAUAAGAGUGUGUAGCAGUUUGUCCCUGAGCUCUACCUUUUUUAAGUGAAGCUGGAUCUCUGGGCAGAGAUACAAAAGGUUCCUGAACCUUCUCAACACAGGGAGCCUGUAUAAUGAUGCAAGAGCGGCAACCUCAAAGUACAGAGAAAAGAGGUUGGUGGUCCCUGAAACUCUGGUCUGUGGCUGGGAUUUCCAUUGCACUCCUCAGUGCCUGCUUCAUUGUGAGCUGUGUGGUAACUUACCGUUUUACAUAUGGUGAAACUGGCAAAACGCUGUCUGAACUACACUCAUAUCAUUCAAGUCUCACCUGCUUCAGUGAAGGGACAAAGGUGACAGCCUGGGGAUGUUGCCCAGCUUCUUGGAAGUCAUUUGAUUCCAGCUGCUACUUCAUUUCCGGUGAAAAGAACGUUUGGUCUAAGAGUGAGCAGAACUGUGUUGAGAUGGGAGCACAUUUGGUUGUGUUCAACACAGAAGCAGAGCAGAAUUUCAUUGUCCAGCAGCUGAAUGAGUCAUUUUCUUAUUUUCUGGGGCUUUCAGACCCACAAGGUAAUAAUAAUUGGCAAUGGAUUGAUAAGACACCUUUAAAGAAAAAUGUCAGAUUUUGGCACCCAAAUGAGCCCAAUCAUUCAGCAGAGAAAUGUGCUUCAAUAGUCUUCUGGAAACCUACAGGAUGGGGCUGGAAUGAUGUUAUCUGUGAAACUAGCAGGAAUUCAAUAUGUGAGAUGAAUAAGAUUUACCUAUGAGUAGAACUUUUUUCAGUGAUGUCUUUAACAUUGAAACCUAUUCUGAAAUGAUAAUUUCUUCCUGUAAUUUACACAUAACUCUUAUGUUAUAGAGGUUCAUAGAAAUGGAAAGAUACCUGUUUCCCUUUAAUCAAUCUUCUAGUUUCCUCCUUUCCACUGAUGAUAGAAUGCACCCUUCCUCUCUUUGUUCCAUUCUUUCACUUGUCAUUCAUUUUUUUCUUUCUUCACACUUCAUUACACAAACAUUUACUGUUUCAGAGACUGUACUAUUUUGUUUGUUGGAAGAUUUAUAAGGAAGCAUCUUUUGCAAAUUAUGACUUUUCUUCCUCAAUAUACCAUAAAGAAAUCUUUUUGGUCAAUAUGGUAGUUGGAAGUACAAUCAUCUGAAGGCCUGACAAGAGGUGAAAGACCUGUUUUCUAGAUGGUUCACUCUCAUGGCUGGCAAUUUGGUGUUGGCUAUUGCUAGAAGGCCUCAGUUUCUGACCAUGUGGAACUAUCCAUAGGGCUAACUGAAUCUCCUUACAAUAUGGUGGCCAGCUGCUAUUGGAACAAGUGAUCCAAAAGAACAAGUAAAAGUAGUAAUGUCUUUAAUGAACUACACUCAGCAGUUAUACACCAUAACUUCUGCUCUACCCCAUUGGUCACAUAAAACAGAUCUGAUAUGAUAAGGAAGGGGAAUACCCAAAGGCAUGAAUAACAGAAUGUGAUAAUCACCAAAAGCCAUCUUGGAGGCUAUCACAGCAAAAUUUAUUUUAAAAGAUACGAAAAAAAAGUGUAGUGAAAAAUAAUUUAAAAAUGUCCUACACUAAAAUUAUGGACUUCUGUUCAUUAAAACACUAUAAAGAAAAUUAAAAUAAAAAUGACUGGAGGAAGAUAUUUUAAACACUUAUAACUGACACGGUAUUAAUGCCAAGCAUAUAUGAAUAUCUAUCACAAAUUAAUUAGAACACAAAAAAAUGAGCAAAAUAUUUGAACAAGCACUUGAUGAGGAAAUGCAUACUAAAAACAUGCUUUUAUAGAGAUGCUCAGCUUCAUUCACAAAGUAAGAACUGUAAGUCAAGAAAAUAAGACAUCAUUUUAUUCCAAUUUUAAUGAUGAAAUUAAAAAACAUAAUUCUAAAAGUGGGAGGAAAUAUAGAUCAAUAAGAUCCCAUAUACAUUACUGAUUUGUGUUUAACUUUGUAGAACUGCUUUGGAAAGUACAUAAAUAUACAUUUUCCUUACAUAAAUACUACUCAAAAAAUGCUGUAUUGAGACAUAUUCAAGGUCUAUGACAUUUGGGUAUUAAAAUGAAGAGGUGUUCUAAAAUUCUAGUUUUUGUAUUGGGCAGUGAAGUUAACAUAAAUAUCAAACAAAAUAAAACAAAAUGAAACAAGAAUGUAAAGAGGAUAGCAGAGGAUGAAUCUAAAAUUAUGAUCAGGUCGGGCACGGUGGCUCAUGCCCGUAAUCCAAGCACUUUGGGAGGCCAAAGGGGGCAGAUCACCUGAGGUCAGGAGUUGG